UGGAACGAAACUGUAUCAACAAUGAGUCGAGUCGAAGUGACACUUACAACAAUAACAAUAACAAUGCGAUAACAUGAAUGUUUCGCGAGUAAUUGGUGUGUAGUGAACUGAAUAAUACUCGAUGUCAUUAAUUUUAAAUAAAACAAUAACGUGGCACUCGAGAUGCCUCAACAAAAUCCAUCUGAUCAAUAUUCCACCGGGGUCGGAUUAAUUUAUAUUUUUAAUUUAAUCGUUGGAACUGGAGCUUUAACAUUGCCAGCAGUUUUCAGCCGAGCAGGAUGGCUCCUCGGAACUCUAAUAAUUGUGGCUCUUAGUUUUAUCAGUUUUAUUACAGUGACAUUUGUGAUAGAGUCGAUGGCCACAGCAAACGCAAUAAAGAGUUGGCAGCAACUUAAAACAAGAAAAAAAGCUCUCGAAAGAAUUGAAGACAACUCCGAGUCUGAAGAAACACCGCUCGUGGAGCCUUCGGGUAGCAACGAAGAUGAAGAGCUGUCGUCCAAGUUUUACUCGAUCAACCAAAAAAUAGAAAUAGGCGAAAUGGCGACGUUGUUUUUUAACAAGACAGGAAUUUCGUUGUUUUAUAUUUGUCUAGUAGUCUAUUUGUACGGAGAUUUAAGUAUUUACGCAGCUGCGAUAGGAAAGUCAUUGGCAGAUGUUGCCUGCAAUUAUUUGCCGUCAAACUUGACGUGUAAUGAUACGAUACCCGAUAAUAUUUCUUGUUGGAAAGGUUCUUCUGUCACGAGAUUUGAUGCUUAUCAAAUAUUUUUGACAACUUUUAUUUUAAUGCUUGGUCCAUUUGUAUUUUUCAAUGUUCAAAAAACAAAAUACCUUCAAGUAUUAACCUCAGUAAUGCGUUGGUUAGCAUUUUCAAUAAUGAUUAUUUACGCAUUGAGAAUUCUAAUUGUCAAUGGUCCUCAAGGAUCUCCUCCAGUUGCCAAUUUCAAUGGAAUCCCGGGACUUUUCGGUGCUUGCGUUUAUUCCUUCAUGUGCCAUCAUUCACUACCAGCACUAGUAGCACCAAUUAAAAAUAAAACUACCUUAAAUCGUUUCUUAUUAUUCGAUUAUACAUUAAUAGCGGGAUUUUAUUUAUUACUAGCCAUUACUGGUGCUUUCUCUUUUGCUCAUCUUGAUGAUUUGUAUACCCUGGAUUUCGGGCCUCGUGGCGCCGGCGACUGCUCCAAAAACACAAAUAUCUUUUUAAUAAUCAUCGAAUACUUUCUUGCGUUAUUUCCGGUAUUUACCUUGUCGACCAGUUUCCCGAUAAUUGCAAUAACAUUAAGGAAUAAUUUAUCAUCAUUGUGUCUGAAUAAUACCCAAAGUUACAAUUUUUGUCUUCGAAAACUCGUGUUCCCAUUUUUUGCAAUAAUUCCACCGUAUAUCGUUGCGAUGUCAACUAAAAAUUUAUCUUUUCUCGUCGGAAUAACUGGAUCAUACGCUGGGGCGGGUAUUCAAUACAUAAUACCAAUAUUUUUAGUUUAUCAUGCUCGGGAAAGAAGAAAUAUUAUCGGAAGUAAUGUUAAUAAUAAAUUCAGUAGUCCGUUUGUUAGCAGAAAUUGGUUGUUGUUAAUUUUUAUAUGGUCUGUUGUUUGUAUGGUAUUCGUAACUAUUAAUUUUAUUGAACGUCAUUUUUGAUAUUUUUUUAUCCAUAAAUAAUUUUUUAAUUAAUUUUUUUUUUAAUUCAGUUAAUUUGUUACUAACAACGUUGCAGUCACUAUGUGACUGCCGUGGCUUGUGAACUAUAAAUAAAUAAAAUUUUGAUUUAUUAAA